AUGAUGGUCGAGUCACGUUAUACAUCCGUCAUGCGCAGUGCACGUAGUGGUAAUUACUACAAUGUCCCAAUCUCUCCGAAUGUACCCGAAAUGUCGACAUUUAUCAACACGAAGAAUGGCUUUGAAAGUGAAGCUGUAGCUGCUGCGUGGGGUACGACUACCAUGCGUCGUGUACCAGCCGUAGUCAAGCAUCGUGAUCUUAAUGCUGCACUUGAUAGUGUUACGCCUUCUAAGGAUCCACACACUUUCCAGCCAGCUUUUGCUUUUGAUCUCAAUAAACUCGUGGUAUCACUUACCAAAGGCUCAGCCAGCUCCAGUCACAAUUCGUCUUUUACAUCCACGUGUAGUCUUGGUGAGCCCAUGCCUGAGCCAAUGCCCGAGCAUUUAUCGAUACCCGUACUACCGGUUGAACCUGAGGCGAUGCGUUCUCGCCAGCGUAGACGACGAGGCGCACUUUCUGGUGAAGCAGAGCUUGCACGUUCGUACACGCCGACGUCUUCAGCUCCACCGAACAGUAUUAUUGCGUAUAGCCUCAACAAGCGCAAACAGAAGCGAUUGGAAGCAAAGGCACUGGCUGCGGCAUCAGUCAAUGGUCCUAAUUUUGAGGUGGCCGUGGCUGACGCUGGCAACGAGCACCAGCCACAGUACGUGCCACGUUAUGUGCCGCAAUACCAGUCUGACGUGGCGACGCCAGUAUUGUCACGCAACCGCGAGCCUUCGCUCGAUCAGCAAAGCUACGCACUAUAA